AUGGCAACCUGGCGCACCACCCUGUCAGUAAAAGGAACAAAGUCAUAUCGAACGAAGGAGAUAAGUAUAAAACGAGGCAUCUUCCAGGGAGACAACUGGAGCACGGAGUGGUUCUGUCUUGCACUAAACCCACUAAGUAACAUACUGAAUCGAAGCAAUUAUGGUUACAGAAUAGACGAUUAUGCUAAGCUCACUCACUUGUUUUAUGUGGACGAUUUAAAGCUUUAUGCCAGAGGAACUACACAACUGCAAGGUGAACUUGAACUGGUAAGAAAUUUCAGCGCAGAUAUAAAAAUGAAAUUUGGCCUCGAAAAAUGCUCGGUUGUGCACGUGAAGAGAGGAAAAAUGGCGGAGGAGGAUGACAUGGGGCUGAUUGACGGUACAAGCAUACGUAGUCUGGGUCUGGAGAACACCUACAAAUACUUGGGAAUUCAACAGUCAUUUGAGAUUAGACAGAAACGCAGUAUGGAGAUAGCUGAAGAAGAAUUCAAGAACCGAAUCAACAGAGUUCUCAAGACUGAGCUCAAUGCUAAAAAUAAAAUUACUGCCAUCAACAUGUGGGCAAUACCGGUUUUAACAUACACUUCCGGAAUACUUACCUGGUCGGCGACGGAACUGCGGCGAUUGGAUCAAUGGGUCCGAGUCAGUUUCACGAAGCAUGGCAUAUUGCAUCCCAAUUCAGCAAUUGAGCGUCUAUACCUUCCACGAACGGAGGGAGGUCGCGGGUUAUCCAGCAUGGAGUCUGCAACUGAAAAAGAAAUUAAAUCCCUGAAAAACUACUUCCUCUCGAGCAACUUACCGCUUCACAAAAGAGUGGUGGUAUGGGACACAAAAUAUACCGCCCUCAAUUUAGCUAGCCCGGCAGAACCUGAAACAGAUGAUAAUCAACUCGAAAAUAUGAGAGAAAGAUGGCGUAGCAAAGUACUUCACGGGAGAUUUCACGCUAGCAUUAAUCAGCCAGAAGUAGAUAAAACACGAUCUCAUACUUACCUCGUUGCUGGUUACCUAUACGCAAGCACUGAAGCAGCACUACAUGCCAUUCAAGAUCAAGUAGUUCCAACUAGGAACUACUCAAAAUAUAUCAUGAAACAACAAGUCGAAAACACGAAAUGUAGGAUCUGCAACCAAGUGGAGGAAACCGUACAGCACCUGUCGGGGGGUUGUACACCACUUGCAUCCACCAAAUACUUGGGAAGGCACAACGAUAUGGGCAAAGUGGUCCAUCAGAUGCUCGGAUUACGAUGGGGAAUAUUUGGAAACUUCACACCACACUAUCAAUACACACCGGCAGCACUAGCAGAAAAUGAACAGGCUAAAAUCUUCUGGGAUUUUCCCUUUGUGGCAGAUAGGCCUCUGGAGCACAACCGUCCAGAUCUUGUACUGUGGAUGAAAAGGGAGAGGAUGGCUGUUAUAGUAGACUUCUCGGUGCCACUUGAUCACAACUUGGCACAAGCUUAUGACAGCAAAAUCGUCAAAUACUCAGAAUUAGCAAGAGAACUCAAAACAUUGUUGAAACUUGAGAGACAGGUGAGAAUAUUUCCUCUAGUCAUCAGCAGUAAUGGACUCGUGCACGUUAACACCACGAAACACCUGGCCGAGCUCCAACUUCCAGACAACACUUUACAAUGGAUGCAGAAGGCUGUGGUGUUGGGAACGGUGGCCAUUAUUCGGCAAGUACUCUUUCCGCAGUGA